CCCAUAACAGAAGUGUGCAGACACAUACACUAUAUUGCCAAAAGUAUUGGGACGCCCCUCCAAAUCAUUAGAUUCAGGUGUUCCAAUCACCUCCAUGACCACAGGUGUAUAAAAUCAAGCACCUAGGCAUGCAGACUGCUUCUACAAACAUUUGUGAAAGAAUGGGUUGCUCUCAGGAGUUCAGUGAAUUCAAGUGUGGUACUGUGAUAGGUUGCCACCUGUGCAAUAAGUCCAUCCGUGAAAUUUUCUUGCUAUUUAAUAUUCCACAGUCAACUGUUAGUGGUAUUAUAACAAAGUGGAAGCAACUGGGAACAACAGCAACUCAGCCACGAAGUGGUAGGCCAUGUAAAAUGACAGAAGCGGAGUCAGCGCAUGCUGAAGCGCACAGUGCGCAGAAGUCGCCAACUGUCUGC